AUGCCGGACGCGCUGCUCGGCACCAGCAGCCACCGCUGCCUCCCGUCGUCGGCCACCGCCGCCUCCAAGCGCAGCAAACUCGAGCGCAAGAAGGCGCGUCUGAACCGCCGCCAACUCGCCGCCGCCGCCGAGCAGACCGCGCGCGCCGCCGAAGCCGAAGCCGCGCGGAUCGCCGCCGUCCGCUGCAGUCGCCUGCGCCGGCUCCCGCCCUGGCUGCCCGCGCUGCCGUCGACCAACGAGCGCGACGCAGCGGUCCUCCGACGCCUCAACGACGCGGCACUGCCGCUGGAGCUCCGUCUCGGCGACGAGAUGCUGCGCUACUGCGUCUACACCGAGCACGUGGUGGCCGCCGCGCGGCGGUCGAUUGACGCGGCCAUUGCGCACAUUGCCGACGGCGUGCGCGCGCUGUGGCCGCACGCGUCGGUCGCGUGCUUUGGCUCGUACUACACCGACCUGUGGCUGCCGUCGAGCGACGUGGACGUGGUGGUCAUGGGGCUGUCGAACGCUGCGGACCGCGACGUGCCCACGCAGUUUGUGCCGGACGGCGUGCGCGAGCUCGAGCGCCUGGCGACCCAACUGCGGCCGCAGAAGACGUGGGUCCAGCGGGUCGACGUCGUCCGCGGCGCCAAAGUGCCCGUGGCCAAGCUGAGCCUGCGGCGCGGGAGUCCGCGCGACGGCGAGACGCUCGUGUCGCUGCGGGUCGACAUCUCGAUCGAGAACGUCCAGACGUGUUACGGCAUGGAAGCGAGCAAGCUGGUGCGGCAGUACGUGCACGAGCUGCCGCGCUUGAAGCCGCUGCUCAUGGUCUUGCGGCAGAUGCUGCGCGAGAAGGCUCUCAACAGCGCGUUCACGGGCGGCUUGAGCUCGUACGCGGUGGCGCUGCUGGCGGUGUUUCUGGUCGAGGCGUCGGACAGUGACGACGGAGGCGACUCGGGGCGGACGCGACGGGGACCGAGCGAGACGCUGCGGGAACGAGAAGCACAGGAGCUCGGCCACCUCUUGCUCGGGUUCCUCGAGUACUACGGCACGGCGUUCGACUACUACUCGACGGGGCUGUCGCUCAAGCCCGAGGCGUUUGGCGCGUACCCGCUGGCUGCGAACUUGUCGAUCGCGAAUGGUUUGCCCCUCAUGCCGCAGCUCAUUAUUGACGACCCCGUGUACAAGAACGGACAGCACAAUGCAGCCGCCGGCGCGUUUGCGCUCGCGCGUGUCGUGGCGGCGUUCGAGAAUUGCUACUUUGCGCUGCGGUAUCAUCGCCCGACGCAGUUUACGCCAACGCCGCUGUGUCAGCUGCUGCACUGGUCGGGCCACACUGUAAAUAACCCUUCAGUCGCUGCGUACUCCACGUCGAAGGAGUAG